AUGGCUAAGAAACAAUUGAAUCCAAGAACUACAAAUUUCGAAUUUGGAGGGCCCAUUGGUGCCACCGUCUUGACGGUCUUUUUACCAAUUUUCACUAUUUUGAUCAAUUUACAAUUGACUCCUUCUAAGAUACAUUCCGUUACGUACUAUUUGAAUUUCUGUAAAUCUAGCCAUUUGUGGAUUUCGUACUGUCUCUGGUUCUCGCUCCUGGCAGCCGGCGAUUUGUUAUUGCCAGGUAAGACACUUAAUGGUGUCAAGUUGAGAGAUGGUAAGACUUUGAAAUAUAAAAUAAACGGUAUCUCAAAUUCUGUGUUACUUUUAUUGAUCCUCGCCCUCAGAUGGAAAUUGACUGACGGAGAAAUGCCAGAAUUACAAUAUCUUUAUGAAAAUCAUUUACAUUUGGCAAUAAUAUCCAUCAUUUUUUCAGUUUAUCUAUCUUGCUUUGUCUAUCUAAAGAGUUUCAUUAAUAAUACUUUAUUAGCAUUGGGGGGUAACUCAGGUAAUGUUAUUUAUGACUGGUUUAUUGGUAGAGAAUUGAAUCCAAGAAUUGGUUCGUCAUUUGACAUUAAAUUGUUUUGUGAAUUGAGACCUGGUAUGUUACUAUGGUUCUUAAUCAAUUUGAGUUGUUUACAUCAUUAUUAUGUGACACACAACAGAGAAUUGAACGAUUCUUUGGUCCUUAUAAACCUAUUACAAGCACUUUACAUUUUUGACGGUGUUUUAAAUGAAGAAGGUCUAUUGACAAUGAUUGAUAUUACCACAGAUGGAUUUGGUUUUAUGUUGGCAUUCGGUGAUUUGACUUUCGUCCCAUUCACUUAUGCAUUACAAGCAAGAUUUCUAAGUGUCUCCCCUAUUCACCUGGGUAAGUAUAGAACUUCACUGAUUUUAUCACUAAUGUCAUUAGGAUACUGGAUCUUCCAUUCUUCAAAUAGAGAAAAAUCACAGUUUAAGAAAGGAAAACUACCUCAUUUGAAAGCCAUUCAAACAAAGAGAGGUACAAAAUUGCUAUGUGAUUCAUGGUGGUCCGUUUCACAACAUAUCAACUAUUUCGGUGAUUGGUUGAUUUCACUAAGUUGGUGUCUCACGACAUGGUUCCAAACUCCAUUGACUUACUACUACUCCGUUUACUUCGCCGUUUUAUUAUUUCAUAGACAAAAGAGAGACGAAAAGAAAUGUUCUGAGAAGUAUGGUAAUGACUGGAUUAAAUAUCAAGAAAGAGUUCCAUAUAAAAUUAUCCCAUACGUCUAUUGA